AUGGAAGUUUACUCUUCCGAACGGGAAACAGUCGUCGACGUGCUUCUUGCCGAGCAAGCUCUGCGCGAACUGUCGCAGGCUGAGGAAACGCUACACCAUAGAGCUAUGGCCUUACAAAAGACCAUAGCUAUCGAGUCUGAUCGGCUCCAACCUGACAAGACCACGCCUGUCGAAUCUACUAGGGUCGAGCUUGAAAAGACGGAUCAACAGCUUAAAGGGGUUCAACUACAAUAUGCAAGAAAGGAGCAAGCCCUUCACGAAGCGACAUCUAUGCUUAGACCCUACUUUAAAGUACCCUAUGAUGAGUUAAGGCGUGAUCCUAAAUGGACUGUUCGGAUCGAGGUGGAUGUUGUGGCCGGGAAUGUGGGUGCUGCGCACAGAGGUAUCUAUCUCGAAGGAAGAAAGGCAGAGGCCAUUGCACUAUAG